CAUAUUCUGUGGCGGGAGCAGAAACGAGUGUGAGUGAGGACGCCUAUGGUUGCCUUACUUUUCAUAUUACUGUUUGACAUCGUGUGUGCGUUUGGACAAAACCACAGUUAACGCAUAGAGGAGCUCACAGAAGUUCACUGACCGCAAUAUAUAAUCUGUAUAAACUGACAAAAUCGUCUUUUACAUUUAUUGAGUCGGUGUUUUUUUUUCCUCUAGUCGAGUCGACGCCAGUCACCAAACCAAAGAGACACCUGCCGCCGACGACGACGCAGGCUACUCUGUCUUUUUUUUUUUUUGUAAUCUCUACCGUCCAUCAACAGUACCAUUAGUACCAUUUGUCUUCUUUCUUCUCAGAAAGGAAUUAUUCAGUAACUUGUUUCAGCAAAUUCCAACAGACCUGCUCAGGAUGCCCUGGAUGCGCGUCUGUCUGCCAGCCAUGGAGUUGCAUUCGGGAAACCGCGAAGCUCUGUGACUGAACAAACUAGCCGUACUGCGGCACGGCUUCGCGGAAUAAACGCUUUGCGGCUGUCUGUCCACUUGCUGAGUCGCAGGAAUGUUGUAAAAGCCGCGAGUGUCGCGUGGGGCUGGGGGACUGAGAGUCGAAGAAGGCGAAGAGACCACCACAGCAGGUGCGCGUGAACGCAGGAAUAUUAUAAUGGCUCUCGCGGCGGUUUCCCUCUACCUCCUCGCGCUCGCCUGGACGAACUUGCGCCCGGUCCACGGGAACAACCGUCACGCCGUGUACUGGAACAGCUCAAACAUCCACUUGCGGAGAGAGGGCUACACUGUACAGGUCAGUGUCAACGACUACCUGGACAUUUACUGUCCACACUACAACCAGAGCCAGCGGGGGGCGCUAGAGCGCGGUGUGGCCGAGCAGUACGUUCUCUACAUGGUCAGUUACCGAGGCUACCGCACCUGCGACCCACAGAUGGGCUUCAAACGCUGGGAGUGCAACCGGCCGCACGCCCCCCACGCUCCCAUUAAGUUCUCAGAGAAAUUCCAGCGUUACAGCGCCUUCUCGCUGGGCUAUGAAUUCAACGUGGGUCAUGAGUACUACUAUAUAUCUACACCAAUCCAUCACCAUGGACACAGCUGUUUAAGACUGCGGGUGUUUGUCUGUUGUUCUACAGUCUCUAAUGCAGAUGAUGACUCAGACCAGAGUCCACCUGACUACACUGUCAGACCCAAACUGCAUGACAUUGACGAGUUUAACCCUGAGAUCCCUAAACUGGAGAAGAGCGUCAGUGGCAGCAGUCCGUCUGGAGACCGACUGUUAAUCACUGUGGCGACGCUUCUCCUCGCUGCUCUCCUCGUGUCCUAGCAACCGUCUCUCCCUCUCUCUGACAUUUCUGAGCCAGUAGUCCCGAGCUCUCCGAAAAAAGAUCGCCUUUUGUUCAACCUGUGUGGGAGACUAUCCAAUCAGAACAGAUUAACCACUAGUUGAGCCCUGAACGUGGGAGCUAAAUGUAGAUCUACCACACCCAAAUAGUGGCCUUUGUCUCCACAAUUUUGGACCUUAGGAUUAAGGACGAAAUGCAUCGUAUUUGCCUUUGUGAUGGAAGGUCCACUCUUCUCAAACAUACUCGCAGAGAAAAACAAAAACAAAUCCGGUUUGACAGUGAGGUCUCUACCUCGAGGUACGUCUGUUCUCAUCUUCAGUGAACCCGUCCAGACUGGGGCAGCUCUCGAGGUGGACAUUUUGAGAUUGACAUGAGCUCAAAUGGAUAUGACAAGCAUGAUUGUGCUCAGUGAUUUGACCGCUGGACCUCAGCUUAGGGACUCGAGGAGUUUUGGAGACCUUUGAUCCUGUCUUAACAUUCUGUCACAACCCACACCUAUGUGACUGCAACAUGUGUCAGUCAUUGAUAGUGUUGCAGCAGAGAUCUGUAAAACUCAUUUGCCAGUCACUAAGUUCAGGUGUUAGGCUUAUGAAUCGUUCACUGAAAGGCACAGCUGAUGUUUCUGCUAGUUGCUGGGAUGGAGUCUCAUUUGUGAGCUGUAAUGGGAAACUAGAGGAAGAUUAUGGUUCAGAAACCAUCACUUUUGUUCAUUGUGUAACCAAAAGUGUAUGGUCAUCAUAGCAGUGCACAUAACAAAAGAGAAUCGAGACGGACCGGAUAAGGGUAGCUAAUAGACUUUUAUUUGCUAUAGUAUGUACGUGCAAUCAUGGGAAGGUACUGGAUUGGCCUGUGCCACUGAUUAGCAUAGUGGCCAUUUUUGUAAGAGCAGUCGAGUCAUAAACUGCAAUUCGCUGUUUUAUAUCGAAGAAUUGCAAUGCAGAAUUUGUUUUUACUGUACGAUAGAUAUUUAACUGCUCUUUGAGUACGUUACUUUAUAUACUUAAUUUAUUGACUUAUUUAUUGAUCAUUUGAUCCUUUUUUGAAACUUUGUGAGUUUUGUCGGCUUUUUUGAGGGAUCUUUCCUCAUCUUUGCUCAUGCCAAAUUAUUUAGUUUGUUUUUGUUUGCUUUUAUUUCUGUUUAUGUGCCAGCAAAUUGAGUCACAACUCAUAGUUGCAGAAAAAAUCUUUAAUUUACAUUUAAAUGUAAUUAUUUAGCAGACGCUUUUAUCCAAAGCAAAUUA